AGAGGUGUAAUUAAGGGUGUGUAGAGAUGGGUAGGUCAAGCUUUUAUAGUGCGUUGAAGCUACUGUUCUUGCUGGUGCAAAUGCAAAUGUAAAUGUUCUUCCAUCAUCAUGAUGAUGAACCAGAAGACCUAUGCGCAGGUUAAUUAACGUGCACCCACUACCCAUCUGAACAAUAAAAGAGAGGAGAGAGGAGAGUGAAGAGAGAGAGACAGAGAGAGGCUCCCUUUGUUUCAAUUCCAGUCGUUUUCCAAGUUCGUUCCCAGUUCCCAUUGUUGGGUUGGUGCAUUAUUAAGAAUUUAAGAGCUAGGGCUCUGAUUUGUUUGUGCUAUUUGUUUUACCAGUAAUGGCGAUCUAGGCUUCUCAGUUUCUUGGUGGCACUGAAUGAAAUGGAUAACGAAACCAGAAGGAAGAGGCGAGCCCCACCUCUUAUUUUGGCUCUCUUCCUCCUUGUUUUCUUCCAAAGAUCUACAGUCGACGUUUUGGCUUUGAACUACACAAAUUUUAGACAUGUAUCGAGCUUGAGACUCGCAAGAAUUCAGAGACACUUGGACAAGAUCAACAAACCCGCCAUUAAAACCAUAGAGAGCCCAGAUGGAGAUAUCAUUGACUGUGUUCACAGACAUAAACAGCCAGCUUUAGACCAUCCUCUUCUGAAGAAUCACAAGAUCCAGAGAGCACCACCAGAAAUGCCAAGAAUGAGAGUGAGCAAGGAAGGAGAAGGGAUGAGAAACAAGAUUAAUGGCAGUGAAGGAACAGGACGUGCAUGGCAAACAUGGCAUCUAGGUGGGGAGAGAUGUCCCAAGGGAACGGUUCCCAUUAGGCGAAGCUCAGUGAAUGAUGUAUUGAGAGCCAAAUCUCUGUAUCACUUUGGGAAGAAACAACGCAUACGCAGGCUUCCUCUUGACAGAUACGUUGAUGCUCCCGAUGUGGUCAGUGGCAAUGGCCAUGAGCAUGCAAUCGCCUACACGGGAUCAUCAACUCAAGAGCUGUAUGGAGCGAAGGCUACGAUAAACGUGUGGGACCCAUCAAUCCAAGUGGUGAACGAGUUUAGUCUUUCUCAGAUUUGGAUUCUUUCUGGAUCCUUUGACGGCCCAGAUCUCAACAGCAUAGAAGCUGGUUGGCAGGUCAGUCCGGAGCUUUACGGGGAUAGCAGGCCCAGAUUAUUCACAUAUUGGACGAGUGACUCGUACCAAGCGACGGGGUGCUACAACCUUCUCUGUGCAGGAUUUGUGCAGACAAACAACAAGAUUGCCAUCGGAGCGGCCAUUUCUCCGGUCUCAUUGUACUCCGGCAACCAAUAUGACAUCACCAUUCUCAUUUGGAAGGAUCCAAAGAUAGGGAACUGGUGGAUGGGCUUUGGUGAUAACACACUAGUUGGGUACUGGCCAGCGGAGCUGUUCACACACCUAUCAGAUCAUGCGAACAUGGUGGAAUGGGGUGGAGAAGUAGUGAACACACGGACUAAUGGUGAGCACACAUCGACGCAAAUGGGCUCCGGCCAUUUCGCAGAGGCAGGGUUUGGCCGGUCAAGCUACUUCAGAAACCUGGAGAUCGUCGACGCCGACAACAGCCUGAGCUCAGCCCAGGACAUCUCCACCCUCUCUGAAAACACUAACUGUUACAACAUCAAGAGCUCCUACAACAAUGAAUGGGGCACACACUUCUACUAUGGUGGGCCUGGGAACAACCCAGAGUGCCCAUAAUCUUAAGUUCUUGUAGAACCUUAGAUGCACUUAUCAUCUACAAUCUCAAUUCUUUCUUUCUAUAAAAUCUCUCUCUCUCUCUCUCUUGUUCAGAAGUCCUUAAAAGUGUAUUGUUUUGUAAUACUAAAUCUUAAUUAAUCUAAUUAUCUUUUUUUGGCUCUA